AUGUUGAUCCGAGCCUACCGGAUUUCACGCCAUCGUUGCCACCGUAUCCGCGCUACUCAAGGCGUUAUGUUCUACACUGCCUUUGAUAGCAUGUAUACACCAGCCUCAUUGAGCAAGCCCCCAAAGUCUGGAUUCUUAAUUGGCAUAGCAACCCAAACUGGCGCUGCAGAUUCCUUUAUUGCUGUGCUCCAUGUGCACCGAGUAAAUCUCGUGGUCAAGCCUUUACUUCAUGGACCACGUCUAUGA